GGAGACCCGGGGUCCCGGCUGCGGGGCGGCCCGCGGGCCCAGGGCGGGAUGCACCGCCGCGGGGUGGGAGCUGGCGCCAUCGCCAAGAAGAAGCUUGCUGAGGCCAAGUAUAAGGAGCGAGGGACUGUCUUGGCUGAAGACCAGCUGGUGCAGAUGUCAAAGCAGUUGGACAUGUUCAAGACCAACCUGGAGGAAUUUGCCAGCAAGCACAAGCAGGAGAUCCGGAAGAAUCCUGAGUUCCGGGUGCAGUUCCAGGACAUGUGUGCCACCAUUGGGGUGGAUCCUCUGGCCUCUGGAAAAGGAUUUUGGUCUGAGAUGCUAGGCGUGGGGGACUUCUAUUAUGAACUGGGUGUCCAGAUUAUUGAAGUGUGCCUGGCCCUGAAGCACCGGAAUGGAGGUCUGAUAACUCUGGAAGAACUACAUCAACAGGUGUUAAAAGGAAGGGGCAAAUUCGCCCAGGAUGUCAGCCAAGACGACCUGAUCCGGGCCAUCAAGAAGCUAAAGGCACUUGGCACUGGCUUCGGCAUCAUCCCUGUGGGCGGCACUUACCUCAUUCAGUCCGUUCCAGCUGAGCUCAAUAUGGAUCACACUGUGGUGCUGCAGCUGGCAGAGAAAAAUGGCUACGUGACUGUCAGUGAUAUCAAAGCCAGUCUUAAAUGGGAGACCGAGCGAGCACGGCAAGUGCUGGAACACCUGCUGAAGGAAGGGCUAGCCUGGCUGGACCUGCAGGCUCCAGGAGAGGCCCACUACUGGCUGCCAGCUCUUUUCACUGACCUCUACUCCCAGGAGAUUACAGCUGAGGAGGCCAGAGAAGCCCUCCCUUGACCCUGGAAGUGUGGAAGGGGACAGCAGGCAGGGAGAAGAGGGAGGAGCUGUUGGUGAAUAAAACCUGGACAACUUUGUAAAAAAAAACCAAAAAAAAAAAAAAAAAAAGAAAACCAGAAAAAGUUCCAAGUUUUUU